ACAUGUUGAGUCCGCUCAGAGCGGCAGAGGUCCACUCUGCAGGUGAAAAGCAAUGAAUAAUUAGCGAGAAGGCUAUUUUACAAAGUCCAGACCAUUUUUGAUGUGAUAGAAAACAUAAUUGCAAGCAAUUAUGAAGAAGGAAGGCAAGCGAGCAGAUACACAGAGGCCGUAUAAACUGGCUCAUCAAGUUCUCUGUAUAACAGGAUUUAAUUUCCGGCUGCAGUCGCUUAUUGGUUAUGUUGAAUUGGUCAUCUAUCCUCUGAGGCAAGAUCUUAGAAGAAUCAAGAUAAAUUGCAAACAAGGAAGGAUAUACAGAGUAUGUUUUCAAGACCAGUGGGAAGCCCCAUUCCUGUACAAUGAUCCUACACUGGAAAUCUGCCAGGGGGAUGUCAAACAGAGAAACUUAGACUUUUUUGAGAGUUGCCAUGCCUCGGCUACUGCAGCAGUGGAUCCGGACUGUGCCAAUGGAGAGGUUACAAUCAGGGUGCCUUUUGAGGCAUUCCCACUGGUAUCAGAAUUGAAGCCAUUGCGAGUCAGUAUAGAGUUUUCCUUGGAGACCCCCCUAGGUGGCAUCAAGUUUGUAGUCCCUGAGACAGACAGCAAUCAGUCUAUGGCAGAUAGAGGGGCACAUUUGUUCACAUAUGGCUGUGAGGACUCCUCAAGGUUAUGGUUCCCAUGCAUCGACAGCUACUCUGAGCCAUGUACCUGGAAGCUGGAGUUCACUGUGGAUGUCAACAUGACUGCAGUAUCAUGUGGGGAUCUGGUGGAAACUGUAUACACACCAGACAUGAAGAAGAAAACAUUCCAUUAUUUCCUCUCCACACCUACUGCAGCACCAAAUAUUGCUCUGGCUGUAGGACCAUUUGAAAUUCUGAUGGACCCCAACAUGCAUGAAGUGACCCACUUCUGUCUGCCACAUCUUAUGCCAAUUCUCAAACAUUCUACAGCUUAUCUACAUGAGGCAUUUGAAUUCUAUGAAGAACUGAUGUCAAUCAGGUACCCAUACUCGUGCUACAAGCAGGUGUUUGUGGACCAGGCCUAUGCUGAGGCUUCUCCCUAUGCUACUUUGACAAUAUUCAGCACCAACCUCCUCCACUCAGCCAGAAUCAUUGACCAGACUCCAGUGUCUAGAACACUCAUGGCAGGCGCCAUUGCUCAGCAGUUUUUUGGCUGUUUUAUAGCCAUGGAAUCUUGGUAUGAUGAGUGGUUACCAAAAGGAAUAGCUGGCUACUUGACAAGUCUUUACAUCAAGAAAGCAUUUGGAAACAAUGAGUACAGGCAUUACAUAGCAAAGGAGCUGAAGUGUGUUCAGGAGUAUGAGCAGCAGGUGGCAGGGAUUGUCUUGGAUCCUUCAGCUCAGGAAAACAGCACAGCUAAGUUAUAUUUCCCUGUGAACCACCCCCACACAGUGUCCCCGCGGUACCAGGCAAUGUUUGAGAGGAAAGCCAUGCUGGUUAUACGCAUGCUGGAAAUUAGAAUAGGAAGAGAACUGCUCUUACAGACUCUGAACAAGUUGCUGUCAUUGGCCAUUCAAGCCUCUCAACAAAAGUUUCAACCCAAUUUUAACAUCUGGGGAAAUAUGUUACUUUCAAUGACUUCUUUCUUGAAAAUCAAGUCUACAGUUACUGGAAAAGAUAUCAAUGUCUUUUUGGAUCAGUGGGUACGUCAGAGUGGCUGUGCAAGAUUCUUUGGCAAUUUUGUAUUUAAUCGUAAAAGAAAUGUUGUUGAGUUAGAGCUGAAACAGGAUAUGAAUGCAAAGGGGGCUAUGAAGUAUGUGGGCCCACUGACCAUGACUAUACAGGAGUUGGAUGGAUCCUUUAACCACACAUUCAAAAUAGAGGAAAACAAAACUAAGUUUGAGAUAACUUGCCAUUCAAAGAGCAGGAGGAACAAGAAAAAGAAGAUUCCUCUCAUGACUGGGGAAGAGGUUGACAUGGACCUUAGUGCAAUGGAUGCUGACUCCCCUGUGUUAUGGUUGAGGGUGGAUGCAGACAUGACAAUCCUGAGGCAGGUGACCUGGGAGCAGCCAGACUUCAUGUGGCAAUACCAGCUCAGAUAUGAAAGAGAUGUGGUAGCACAGCUUGAGGCAAUUGAAGCACUUGAAAAAUUUCCUACUCCUGCCACUAGAAUGUCCCUGACGGAUACCAUUGAAAAUGAACAGUGUUUCUACAGAGUGCGAAUGGAGGCUGCUAUGUGCCUGGCAAGGGUUGCUAAUGCCAUGGUGGCCAACUGGGCGGGGCCUCCAGCCAUGAUGACCAUAUUCAGGAAGAUGUUUGGCUCCCACACCUGCCCAUCCAUAGUUAAACAAAAUAACUUUUCCAAUUUUCAACAUUAUUACCUACAGAAGACCAUCCCAGUUGCCAUGUCCAACCUGAGAAAUGUGCACAAUAUUUGUCCCCCUGAUGUCAUCAGAUUUCUUCUGGACUUGUUUAAAUAUAAUGACAACAGGAAAAACAAGUAUUCUGAUAAUUACUACCGAGCCACUCUUGUGGAUGCCAUAGCCAAUACAGUAACUCCAGCAGUGACCACUUUUACUGGACCUGGGUUAGGGCCCACUGCAUCUUCUCUCACUCCUGACAUGAAGCUUGUAUUGGAGGAAAUCACAAGAUUUAUCAACUUAGAAAAGCUGCUGCCCUGCUACAGAUACACAGUUACUGUGAGCUGUCUCCGAGCCAUCCGUAAGCUCCAGAGAAUGGGCCACAUACCCAGUGAUGCGGCACUGUUCAGAAGUUAUUCACAGUUUGGGAAUUUUGUUGAUGUUCGCCUAGCUGCUUUUGAAGCUUUAGUGGAUUACACUAAAGUUGAAGCUGAUCCAGAUGAACUGAAUAACCUUUUAGAUACAGUUGAAGACGACCUUGAUCCAUACAUCAAGCAUGGUGUGUUGAAGCUGCUGCUGACCAACCCUCCAUUCACUAAGCAGGACAACAAGAGCAGUAUGGGAACUGAGAUGCUGGUGGAACGCCUAUGGAGAAUGAUGAACUCCGGGACAUCCAAUGACGCCAGACUGCGAUGUGGUAUAGCUGACCUGUAUUUCACUUUUUAUGGUCGCACAAGGCCAUCAUGUUUGCCAAUUCCAGAGUCCGUAAUAGUGCUAAAUUUGAAGGAAAAAAGAACCAUGGUCCAUCCGUCUUUAUCUUUGUCAGAGAUAGGCCAAGAAGAGGAGACCAUUCAUGAAGAAGAAGACAGCAUAUUAUGGACUCCAAUAAAAACAGACUUUGACGCACCAUCUUUCCCUGCUAGUAGUAGUAGCAGCACAGUAGAAAGUAAAAAACGAAAAGCUGAUUCUCCCUUGAUAUUUGAUGACAUCAAGAAAGAGUCGAGUGCAGAGCCUAACAUCAAGGCAGAAGUGGAGGAAAAUCCUUGUAAACUGAAGAUAAGGAUUGGAAAAAUAGAGGAAGCAGAUGAUUUUCUCUCUCCUGUCUCACAAUCUGCCCUGUCCUCUCGCAGUAUAUCACCUGUCCCAAAGACCCCAACCAGUUCAACCACUGGUCUUGCUGCAGAGUUAAUGACAUUUGCCAGUCCCAGUCCUGAAGCAGUCUUACCAGAGACAUCUCCCACCACCAAACCAAAUAUUAGUGUUCUUGCACCUCCCUCCAUGGGUAGCAAUGACAGCCCUAUAGGGCUCAGUGAAGAUUCCAACUCACAGCCCCCAUUUGAGACAAAAAUUGAUGUAACAGAGUCAUCUGCUCCUCUGGAAGAGAAACCUAGUUCUGGUGCUGCUCCACAAGAAGUUCCCCAAGAAUCAACAGAAGCAGAUCCUCACAAAGCACAUAAAGCAAAGAAGAAGAAGAAGAAAAACAAACACAAGCACAAACAUAAACAUAAGCAUGAGAAAGGAGAAAAGGGAGAAAGACCUGUUGACAAGGCAGACAAGUCUGUAGAUAGGAAAGAUAAAACAUCUGAAGAUGUUCUUCAGAAAUCAGAUUCAGCUCAUCACUUAGACAUGUACUCGAGGUCUCCAGAUCUGGAUGAGCCAAGUUCACCUGAAUUUGAAGUAAUGUGAUAUUGAUGGUAUUCAUGUGCUUUAUUCAGGGAGUAUGUAUCACAAUGGAUGUUCUUUUAGGGAGCAGUUACAAUCUGAUAUUAUUGAAAUACACGAACUACAAGACAGUGAAAUAAAACAGUUAACAAACAAGACAGUGAAAUAAAACUGUUAACAAGUGUCAUUAAUGCAAAGUAUUUCAGUAAACUGGGUUUAUAAAAAAUAAUUCGGUUUUAAUAUUAUCUUGUUUUGAAGAUAAAUUUAUGAUGUCAGUAUGAUCUGGCAAUUAAUUGGUAGCAUGAUUGUAUAAUAAUGACAAUUAUGAUAAAUAAAAUAAUGACAAUUUAAAUUAUUAUGAUAAAAUAAUUAUGUGCAUUAAUUCAAAGAGUGGGUAAUUAAAGUACAUAAGAAAUUUGGAACUACAGAUGAUUUAACCAGACAGCAGGAACUUUCACAGUAAAAAAUAAAUAAAAAUUGUUUGUUAAUUUCUGUGGGAUUGUUGGUGUAACAGAGGUCUGAACUAAGUUGUCUCUGAGAUUGUUUAGUCUGGCAAAAAUAAAGCUAUGGAACAUUUACCUAACUGCCCUCAACAUUUACAGGAUAUAGUGGAAUUUCACACUAUUACCAGUUUUUUAAGGAGGGGAAAAGAUACAAUAAGAGGGGCCAAUUAUGAUCGAGAUAUCAUAUGAUAUAUAUUAAAUGUUUAGUGUGAUUUUUAUUUAUUUUUGAUGUUCAUAAAGUGAUACCCUUAAUAAAUCAACAAUAAGUGUUAAUUGUUUUUUUUUAAUUGACACCAUGCAUUGAGUUUUAAGCUUGUUGAAUUUUCAAGGUACGUGGCAUGUAAUUGAUGUGAUAAU